AUGAACGCUCGCAGGGGCGUUAACAUCUUGUCAACUGGCCCCAUUCAUUACGCAAGCCCGAACAGCCACCAUGAGACAGCUCUUACUUCGUUACAGAACCACGAAAUCCUAGCCUAUAUCAUCCUUGCCAUUAUUUCAAUCUAUCUUUUCCUUGAUCACUUUGGUUUCGUACCGGUCUCGUUAAUCCGUAUCGCCUGGAACAUCCUGGUCUUCGCGACACCGUCUUGGAUCAUCGUCGCAUUAGACACUCGCAUGUCACCAUCCGAAACCUCCCCCUCGAGUCCCUCGCAAAUGACCUUUCAAGCAAAAAAUGAAGCAAUGCAGCGGUUUUUCGGUCUUGAAAAUAGCUCCUUCACAUUUUUUUCUCGCACGCGAUCCUUAUCAGGUCUCGGGAACGCACUCCUAGGCAACAGCAACGACACGAUACCGCCGGGACUGGGAAAUUGGGACAAUUCCUGCUACCAAAAUAGCAUCAUCCAAGGAUUGGCCUCUUUGAAAUCCCUUGCAACUUUCCUCGAGCGAAAUGUCGAUUCCUUGGGGAAGAAGGGAACGCUAUCUACACACGAGGCGCUGAAAGGAAUAAUUGAUGAUUUGAACAGCGCAUCCAAUUAUGGGCAUAAGCUAUGGAUCCCAUCGGACUUAAAGUCUAUGAGCAGUUGGCAACAACAAGAUGCGCAAGAAUACUUUUCUAAAUUAGUGGACCAGAUCGACAUUGAGGUUCACCGUGCAUCACGGGGUCAGACGAGGAACAUGGGGUUAAAGAUGGUUGGCCGGGAGGAGAACAUUAUGAAGGACAUUCGCGCCAACACGGAUUCCGAUGGCAAUGUGGAGGAAACAUCAUUGCGCAAUCCACUGGAAGGGUUGCUUGCCCAACGAGUAGGCUGCAUGAAAUGUGGCUGGGCUGAAGGCCUGUCGCUUAUCCCAUUCAACUGCCUUACUGUGCCGCUUGGAGGAAGGGAUGAGUAUGAUUUGCGCGAGUGUUUGGAACAGUACAUGACGUUGGAACUUAUUGAGGGGGUGGAGUGUGCCAAGUGUACCUUGUUGCGCGCACAGCAUCAACUCAAAAGUCUCCUUGGCGAUAUGACUGAUGCCAAUGGUUCACCUGACAGUUUACAAACGCCAGGGUUAUCCGAUGCUAUGAAGACUUCGUUCCAGGAGCGGCUCAAAUCUGUGCAGGCUGCCCUCGAGGAAGACGAUUUCGCCGAAAAGACUCUUAUCAACAAAUGUAAUAUCCCAUCCAAAAAUCGAGUUUCUACCACCAAAUCCCGACAAGCUGUGAUUGCACGCGCACCACAAUGCCUGGCUGUCCACAUCAACCGAAGUCUCUUCGAUGAAAUGACUGGGAUGUUGAAAAAGAACUAUGCAGCGGUCAAAUUUCCGAGGCACAUGGACUUGAAUAAAUGGUGCCUCGGCACUCAAUCUGGGGAACCUGAUGAUCGAGUUGAGCAGUGGGUGACAAAUCCUUCCGAGUCUAUGCUUCCCUCGCCCGGUCAAGCAAUAAGUCUAUCCAGCAGACACUAUGAACUGCGCGCCAUCAUCACCCAUUAUGGUCGACACGAGAAUGGACAUUACAUUUGCUACCGCAAAUAUCCGACUGCGACAUUUCCAGCUUCUGUCCCUGACGAGGUUCUUCAAUCAGAAGGAGACAAGGACAAACUUGAACGCUGGUAUCGACUAAGUGAUGACGAUGUUCAGAUGGUUAGCGAAGGACAUGUGAUGUCUCAGGGAGGUGCGUUCAUGCUUUUCUACGAAGCUGUUGAAGAUCCACUUCCCGCACAGCAUGAGCCUGAGCCUCCAACCCCAGAAUCCAUGCCUUACGAGACGACUGAAUCGGUGUCCAAUUUCACACUGUCAGAAAACAUGUCUGUCACAACUACCAUCACUGAUGACGGUUCCAAUACAUCACGUGCAACCAGUGUAUCAACUCCCGAUUAUAUCUCUCUGCAUACGGAGGACCCCAAGCAGACCGUUCCACCACUCAGGGCCUCAAGCACGCAAGAUCUUAGACCCGAAGACGCCGCAGAAAAUCUUGCAUCACCAUCUAUGAUCACUGCGUCAUGA